AUGACGAUAAGAGUGGUUAGUUUAUUUAUAUUUUAACUGGGAUUUUACAGAUCGGUAAGAUUCCUGCGGCAACAAGUGAUCAUUGUUGCCGUCCUGUCAUCCAUCCUCGAAUGGUCUUCAGCAUUGGAUUGCACAACCGAUCCCUGCAUGUACGGAAUUUGCCUGGACACCGCGAACAGUACAUACUCGUGUUAUUGCAUCGACGGUUACACUGGAAUAAAUUGCGAGAUAAACUGGGACGACUGUUGGUCGGAUCCUUGUAUGAACGGUGGCACAUGUACAGACGCUGUCGCCGCUUACAAUUGCACUUGUCCCGAGGGAUUCAUUGGUACUAAUUGCGAGCAAAAGUACAGCGAGUGCAUGAAUCAGCCCUGUCUCAAUAACGGAACGUGCAUUGAUUACAACGGAUUCACGUGCCAAUGCCAAGACGGAUAUUCCGGCGAGUACUGUGAAAUUGAUAUUUCCGUAUGCAACAGUACGAUCUGCAGGAAUUCAGGUGAAUGCAUCGACGGUCCCGGUUACUCCUUCAAAUGCAGAUGCAAGGAAGGCUGGACCGGUGAAUUCUGCGAGGAAGAUGUCGACGAGUGCCUGAGUUCUCCCUGCCUGAACGGUGGCCUAUGCCUGAACAUACCCGCGUCAUACACCUGCGCGUGUCUAUUCGGAUUCACCGGAAAAGACUGCGACAAAGCCGUCAUCACCUGCGACGUGAACCCAUGCCUGAAUUCAGCGAUGUGCCUCCACGAGGAUGGCCAACCGAUUUGCUAUUGCGUACCCGAUUAUCACGGGCCCCUCUGCGAGCUCCGUUACAACGACUGCGAAUCAAAAUUCGCAAAGUGCGAGAAUGGUGGCACAUGCAUCGACGGGAUCAAUGCAUAUACGUGCAACUGUCCAGGGCCCUACACAGGGCCCUCAUGCGAGGAGAUUAUCCCCUGGAGUACCGCCCCGCCAAGUACCCCCAGUACAUCAACAAUAUCCACAACUGUCAACUUGACUCAAAGUUACGAUCUAAAACCGGUGACAGACGCUUUCAGUGACAUCUCCACAGUACUUCUUGACGUUGUGACCUCUACAAGGUCAUUUGAGGGUCAAAGUACUUUAAAAACAACUUUUGACAGUCGCCCUGUCACAAAAAGUACAUUCGACGAUUCAAGCACAACGAGAAGUACUUUUCAAAGUCAAAGUGCAACGAGAAGUACCUUUCCGAGUGAAAGUGCAGCAUCCAGUACUUUUACUCAUGGAAGUACAAGUACUUUUGAGGGUCAAAGUACAACCCCAACUACUUCGACCCACAGAAGUACGACAAAAAGUGUUUUUGAGGGUCGAAGUGAUGACGAUAUCGGUGGCACUACCAUGUCUGAUUUAGUGACACAAAGUACUUUCAGUACUUCUAGUACGGUCAGGCCUAUUGGUACUUCACCGAGUGUUUUUAGAUUAUCAAGCACUACUGCGGAUUUCGAUUAUGGAGGGCGGAAUGCUACGCCUAGAGCAUUAGUCACAAGUACCAGUACUAGUGGUACUCGGGGUAUUAGUACUUUUGGUACUUCGGGAGAAGGCGAAACGACUGUUUCGAGUACUGGGGGAACAGAGGGAGGGGGAAUGGUGACGAUGGUCAGUGUAACGAGACAAGCGGAAAGUACUACAAGGGCCUAUGAAGGAGGGGUUAGUACUUCGGGGGGAGACGUCACCAAGGGCCUAUCCUUUAACUGCACGUUGGAUGGAAAAAAUUCUACUAGUUGCAAUUGCACGGAGGUGGAUGGCUGCGGUAUUUUUUCAAGCAUUAAAAAUGCCGCGUUCAAUGGAAAAUCGUAUGUCAGACAGCAAGUGAAAAUCGGUGAUGAUGGAAUGCUGAGGAUUUAUCUGCAAUUGAGGACUAAGUCGAAGAGUGGAAUUAUUCUUCAUGCAUUUUUCGAUGAGGAAAGGUAUGUCUUAUUGUAUGUGGAGUUCGGACAGCUGAAGUUUCAGUUCUCGUGCGGUCUUCAGACUAUGCUCCUGGGGGAGAUCGAUACCCCCAUUAAUAAUGGCCACGAUGUUGAUGUCGAAAUACGGUUUCGGUACAUGGUAGAGGAUAAAAUCGGCAAGUGUUUAGCCCAAUUAUUUGUGAAUGGAACAAUGGCGAUGAGUGGUGAGCAGAUGCUGGCGGCAAGGGAUGAGAUUCCAGGAUCUGUCAGACUGCACUUGGGGGGAAUUCCCCAGGCGUUUUCCCACUAUUUCCCCAGGAUCGCCCUGGGAUUCAUCGGGUGUAUGGGUACCCUCAGGGUGAACGACGCGUUGAGGCACUUUAUCCACGACUCCGUCGAGACAUUCCAGAUCGAGGAGUGCACGUCCUUCUUGUGCUUGCUGAAUCCCUGUCGAAAUUUCGGUUCCUGUCAUGACAUCGAUGGAAAAAUCUACUGCAAAUGCAUCGCAGGAUAUUCUGGAGAAAUGUGUGAAAAAACAGCUUGCGAUGACAAUCCCUGUUACUUCGGGGCGACUUGCAUCAGUUCCCCAGGGACUGGAUUUAUUUGCGUCUGUCCCAUGGGAAUGCACGGGCUGAGGUGUGAGGAAGAAUCGACAAUAGUUCAGCCUUCCUUCUCAGUAUUUAUCCCAGGAUUCUCGUCGUACGCAGCCUACGGGAUAAAUGCUGGAGUUAAAGACAGCAUGGAGUUCAGGAUGAAAAUUCUCCCUCACUCUGUGGAUCAGAUAUCCCUUCUGGCGUACAUGGGCCAGAGUGCCCCAGGGGGUGACAUCCCCGAUCACUUCUCCGUGACGUACGUCAGGGGAUUUAUUAUGCUGACAUGGGAUCUGGGCUCGGGGGUACGAAGGAUCUUCACGAGGAGUCCUCUGUCCUCCAAAGUCCAACGACCUCAUCUACUGAGGGUGGGUAGAAGGGGGAGGGAUGCGUGGCUGUUUGUCGAUGGUAUUGGAAAUUUUACUGGACAAGCUGCUGGUACAAUGACUCAAUUGGAUGUCUCUCCAAUACUUUAUAUCGGUGGACAUAAAUCGAAGAAUUUUGAAUCACUGCCACACGAUCUGCCACUGCACACUGGAUUUACAGGGUGUAUUUACGAUGUGGAAUUGCUGACAGACAAUCAGGUCUUCCCCGUGACAAAAUCGAGUCCAGCCACUGGGCGAGGGGUUGGAGAGUGUCAUCGAAACGAGUGCACACGAAAUACGUGCAAAAAUGGAGCUGUUUGCUUAAAUCACGGCCCUACGUACAGCUGCAUCUGCAUGAAGGAAUGGGAAGGGCCUGAAUGCAGUAUUCCCUCGAAGCCAUGCCCUCCAUCAAACCCCUCGUGCCACAAAUUCAGUGGAUGAAUUUCAAAUUAAUUAAUCGCGAAUUUAAUAUUGAUGUCGAGAGACUUUAGGGUGUGAGUUCUUAACGAAUGAUAAAUUCUGUUGAUGGGUGUUAAUUGGUGACAUGUCUAUAUUUCACAGCGUUAUUUAAAUACGAUAUAUCAAUUCAUAAUUAUCGAUUGCUGGGAAAAUUAUUUGUCCUGGGAGUUUUAUUCUCUGUUUUGACUGCCU